AUGGCCCGCUCUUGGAAGCCCGUCUUCUGGGCCCUUUUUCUGCUCGUGCAGCUGGGCAUCGCGUCCUCCGUGGCCGAGAAGCUCGGCUUCGCAGGCAAGGCCGUCGCCGACCUUAGCCUCGAGGAGCUCGACGAGCAACUGCAGCAAUGCUCCGUCGUCCAGAGCCUCACGGCCGACAAGCUAUCUAAGAUGAGCGACACCCCUUCCCUCCUCUCCCGCGCCUUCGGUGUACUUUUCCCUGGCUCGCCCGCCGUCAACGCCAUCCUCGCGACCCUCUAUAUCUCCGGCCCGCCCAACUUCCUCCUGGCGCUCUGCCCACCCAACAUCGACCCCUCCUCGCUCUCCGUCAUGGUCGCCUUCGCCGUCGGCGGCCUCAUGGGCGACACCCUCUUCCAUCUACUCCCCGAGAUCUUUCUCGGCGAGGACGAGCCCGAGCGCGCCCGCCUGGUCCUCGUCGAACCGAACCGCAACCUGCUCCUCGGUGUCGCCAUCCUUGUCGGUUUCAUGACCUUUGUUGCCAUGGACAAGGGGCUGCGUAUUGCCACGGGUGGUGCCGGCCACUCGCACGAUCACGCCGGCCACUCUCAUGCCGAAGCAAAGGCCGAGGGCGCCUCGUCGGGCGUGGAGAAGGCGGGCGAGCUCAAGUCGCGGAAGAAGAAGACCGACGCCGUCUCCGGCGGUGACGCUGUGGAGAGGACGGAGAAGGAGAUCAACCCCAGUGUCAAGCUCGGAGGCUACCUCAACCUGAUCGCCGACUUCACGCAUAACAUCACUGAUGGCCUGGCCAUGUCGGCUAGCUUCUACGCCUCCCCAACCAUCGGCGCCACGACAACGGUCGCCGUCUUCUUCCAUGAGAUCCCCCACGAGGUCGGCGAUUUCGCCCUGCUGGUGCAAUCGGGGUUCAGCAAGAAGGCGGCCAUGGGUGCGCAGUUCGUGACCGCGCUCGGCGCGCUCUUGGGAACGCUCAUCGGCAUCGCCAUUCAGGAGCUCGGCGGCAGCUCCGGCGAAGGCGCCAUGGGGCGCAACGCGGGUCUCUGGGGAACCAGCUUGACCUGGGGCGAUAUGCUUCUGCCCUUCACCGCGGGUACGUUCCUCUAUGUGGGCACUGUUGCCGUCAUUCCCGAGCUGCUGGAGACGGGCCCGAACAAGAUGGCCGAGCUGCGUAAGACGCUGGUGCAGUUCGCUGCCAUCGCCGUGGGCGCCGGCAUCAUGCUGUACAUUUCGUGGCACGACUGA